AUGUGGGUCGCAACUCGACACGAAGGUUUUGACCGCGAAGGAUUCCUGCUCAACCGGCCUAAGGUCUACACGGGCUUCGUGGCCGGUUCACUGGACCGGUGUUCGAAGGGCUUUCUGAGGACGGGUCUUCUGUUCCAGACUCUGGCGCUACUGGGGAUGAUUCUAUUCCACUACGCAUUUGGUGGGCUUGGCUACUAUACGUGGGACUUGAGGCACACGACGGAGGAGAUGCGGAACAAUGAGACGUAUCGAUUGGCUUUAUUGGGAUUCAACAUUCUGUAUUUCCUGGGAUCGAUUUUGUUGACGGCAUUCCAGGCUGGAUUGGCGGAUGAUGCAGCGUGGUCUCGUGGAUAUCGAGCGGGUAGCAAGUUAUUAAGUUACGCAAGUUUCUUCGAUGUGGUAGCGUCGACUAUGCAGUUGGCAUGGGCACUAAAUUUCAGCAGUUAUUACACGGAUGCGAUGUGGACCCAUUUCCGAGAUGGGAAUCUGGAUUGGGUGUUCUGUAAUGGAGCCCGAGUCAUCCGAGCAUUGGCUUAUGUUGGUUAUGGGCUGAGUUUCUUCCUGCUGGAGGUAUACCAUGAUGAGGGUACCAAUGACUGGCAUGGAGGUGCCAAUCUCAUUUUCUAUCUACUUGCUGGUAUCUCCGAAAUGUCGGUCAUCCUCCUAGCAGACCCAGCAUUCUCCACCGCCGUCAGCUUCGUGGCUCUCAUGAGCGCACUUCUCUGGGCUGUCGCCUUUGAAGAAGAAGUCAACGCCUCAUCCCCAGCUCUCAAUGAGUCCGAACUCUGCAACGAACUCGAAAAGCAAAUGGACCGUUUCGCACGCGUGAACCCACUCAACGUUUGA